CGCGGCGUGUUGGCGACCUGGCGGGCCCAAGGACGGCGGGCGACCCCUUCCCUGUUUUUUUCCCCUGGCGCAUCCGGAGAAAGCAGAAGUCUAGAUUAACAGAGGUCCCGUUACGGUCAACUGGCGAUUUAAAAAGAAAGCAGAAACUGCCCUUUGAAACGGAAAAUGGUUUACUCCACAGGAUCCACUGAACAUAGGAUGUUGCCACGGAACCUACCUCGUAUAUUUUCCUCUUUCACUCAUGAGGUGCACAGUUGCAGAUUUGAACACGAUGUCUGUGGACUGUGUUGAAAAACUCUGAAGAACCUAAUUAACACAGGAUGACCUAGGAGUGAUUCUAAGCCUAUAACAAGAUACUAUUCAUUAGUGAAUGUGUCAGUCUUGGUUCUGAAUGCUGCAGAUAACAGCAAGUAGAGCUUCUCCUUUAUUUCUGAAGUAUUUACUUGACCUUCAAUCAGUAAGACUGACUUUUCUAAUCUCUUCCGGGAGAUAUUAAUGGAAUACAGUCAUGUCCACUCAAGACGAGAGGCAGAUCAAUACUGAAUAUGCUGUGUCCUUGUUGGAACAGUUGAAACUAUUUUAUGAACAGCAGUUGUUUACUGACAUAGUGUUAAUCGUUGAGGGCACUGAAUUCCCUUGUCAUAAGAUGGUUCUUGCAACAUGUAGCUCUUAUUUCAGGGCCAUGUUCAUGAGUGGACUAAGUGAAAGCAAACAGACACAUGUACACCUAAGGAAUGUGGAUGCCGCCACCUUACAGAUAAUAAUAACUUAUGCAUACACGGGUAACUUGGCAAUAAAUGACAGCACUGUAGAACAGCUUUAUGAAACGGCUUGCUUCCUGCAGGUAGAAGAUGUGUUACAACGUUGUCGAGAAUAUUUAAUUAAAAAAAUUAAUGCAGAGAAUUGUGUGCGAUUGUUGAGUUUUGCUGAUCUCUUCAGUUGUGAGGAAUUAAAACAAAGUGCUAAAAGAAUGGUGGAGCACAAGUUCACUGCUGUGUAUCACCAGGAAGCUUUCAUGCAGCUGUCACAUGACCUACUGAUAGACAUUCUCAGUAGUGACAAUUUAAAUGUAGAAAAGGAAGAAACAGUUCGAGAAGCUGCUAUGCUGUGGCUGGAGUACAACACAGAAUCCCGAUCCCAGUAUUUGUCUUCAGUUCUUAGCCAAAUCAGAAUUGAUGCACUUUCAGAAGUAACACAGAGAGCUUGGUUUCAAGGUCUGCCGCCCAAUGAUAAGUCUGUGGUGGUUCAAGGUCUGUAUAAAUCCAUGCCCAAGUUUUUCAAACCAAGACUUGGGAUGACUAAAGAGGAAAUGAUGAUUUUCAUUGAAGCAUCUUCAGAAAAUCCUUGUAGUCUUUAUUCUUCUGUCUGUUACAGCCCCCAGGCGGAAAAGGUUUACAAGCUGUGCAGCCCACCAGCUGAUUUGCAUAAGGUUGGGACUGUUGUAACUCCUGAUAAUGAUAUCUAUAUAGCAGGGGGUCAAGUUCCUCUGAAAAACACAAAAACAAAUCACAGUAAAACAAGCAAGCUUCAGACUGCCUUCAGAACUGUGAAUUGCUUUUAUUGGUUUGACGCACAGCAAAAUACCUGGUUUCCGAAGACCCCAAUGCUUUUUGUUCGUAUAAAGCCAUCUCUGGUUUGCUGUGAAGGCUAUAUCUAUGCAAUUGGAGGGGAUAGUGUAGGUGGAGAACUUAAUCGGAGGACUGUAGAAAGGUAUGACACUGAGAAGGAUGAGUGGACUAUGGUAAGCCCUUUGCCUUGUGCUUGGCAGUGGAGUGCAGCAGUUGUGGUUCAUGACUGCAUUUAUGUGAUGACACUAAACCUCAUGUACUGUUACUUUCCAAGAUCUGAUUCGUGGGUAGAAAUGGCCAUGAGACAAACUAGUAGGUCCUUUGCUUCAGCUGCAGCUUUUGGUGAUAAAAUUUUCUAUAUUGGAGGGUUGCAUAUUGCGACCAAUUCUGGCAUAAGACUCCCCUCUGGCACUGUAGAUGGGUCUUCAGUAACUGUGGAAAUUUAUGAUGUGAGCAAAAAUGAGUGGAAAAUGGCAGCCAACAUCCCUGCUAAGAGGUACUCUGACCCCUGUGUUAGAGCUGUUGUGAUCUCAAAUUCUCUGUGUGUGUUUAUGAGAGAAACCCACUUAAAUGAGCGAGCUAAGUAUGUCACCUACCAGUAUGACCUGGAGCUUGACCGGUGGUCUCUGCGGCAGCAUAUAUCUGAACGUGUACUCUGGGACUUAGGGAGAGAUUUUCGAUGCACUGUGGGGAAACUGUAUCCAUCCUGCCUUGAAGAAUCUCCAUGGAAACCACCAACUUAUCUUUUUUCACCAGAUGGGACAGAGGAGUUUGAACUGGAUGGAGAAAUGGUUGCACUACCACCUGUAUAGUUGAGGAGUUUAGGGAGUGCACGCCUGAAUUAUGUGCUUUGUCAUUUUCUUUGCUAAACAAGAGAGGUUAUGAAAUAACUAAAUAUGAAUACAUAAAAAUCUAUCUUUGAUAAAUUUUAUUUUUAUGCCCUACUUAAUAUUUGCAUCAGUAUAAUAUAUAUCAGUGAGUCUUACAGAAAGAUAUGCUUCCAUAAUAAGAAAGAUUAUUCAAUAAUUGAGAAACUUUUAUGUGUAUCAUGAGAGCAUAAGAAUCUGGAUUAUCUAACAUUGUUAGCCCUGUGUAUGUACAGUUCAAAAAGUUCACUUAUAAAAGUAGUUUCCUGUUCCUAGUGUGGUAUAUCACAAAUUGUGCUGAGGUUAUUUUAGUAUAUGUAUUUCAUUCCUGUGCUUCUGUUCUGAAGUCCUGGAAUACAGUUUUUUCAGUGUAAUUAAUUCAGUUGCACUUAACACUAAUGUCCAUGUUGGUAGAGAAAUGUCUAAAUCCUACACUCUAGUUGAGGAAGAUCUUCCAUAAUUUUAUGGUGUUAUACAGGGAAAGCUAUGACUGCAGGCUCAGUCUAACUGUACUAUUAGGUGCAUGUAUUCUCUUUUCACUAACUUAUACUUGUCUAUCUAGAAUACAGGUCUUCCAAUCAGCUGGUCAUUUACCAGAUGUGGACUUAUGUUGCUGGGCUUGCAAUAAGAAUUGCCAGCCUUUCAUCGUGCGGGUCUGCGUGGAGCUUUAAUCAGGAAAUGCCUCCACUUUCUGUAUUACAUUAACAUCGGCUCAUGCGUGCAACUACCUGCUGCUGAUGUAGUUCUCCAUCUUAAAGAUUUAGAGUGGGUUAACCAGGUCAUUACAUCUUAAUUUAAUAAGCAUUACUGUAGAGUGAUUGUGUAUAGAUAUCUGUUAGCUGUCAGGGUGUGUUUUUUUAACCUGUUGUGUGCGUGUGGGGGGGUAGGAUUAGGAAGGUGAACUGUUCAGGAAUUCUCUGCACUAGCUGUGUGGAAGAGCAGAUAACUAGCGCUGCUCUGGCAUUAAUCCCAGGAACCACUAGCAGUAGUGGGGCGCCGCCAAUCUAACAUGAGCACAGGUGCUUCGUGACAAACAUUACUAGCAUGUUCAACUGCAUCAUGUUCUGGCACUGUAUUUUGAAUGACAUUAAUUUAUUAAAUAAAUUGUAUAUAUUCAAUAUC